AUGCCCAGAGGCGAUAGAUCUGGUGUUCGCAAGACCGAAGCAAGUGAAGCGGAUGUGGAGGAAGCUCGCUCCCUCCUUUCUUUCAAUGACGACGACCCGUUAAUGCACCGUAUCCCUUCGCAAUCAUCUCCGCAGUCUCCGCUCUCCUCCAAACCCGAUGCUUCACCAAUCUCAGUACCGCCUUCCAAUGGCCAGACACAAAUCCCAAGGACUCCAAACCGAGUUCGAUUUGUUUUAGACGAUGAUAUGGAGGAGGAAGCGGACCGAAAUGGUCAUAUUGGCCAUCCAUCUUCAGUGCUUGAGGAGGAGGAUUAUAUGAAUGCCAAUGCUUCCCGAUCACGAAGCAGUACCGGCCAACUUACCCCUCUGCUUACGGACUUCGAAGCGCCAACUGUCACUUUGGCUAUUUCGGAUGAUUUCUUCCCUGAGAAUCAUCUGGAAAAUAUGCACCCUAAGAGCGGGCUAAGGAACGCCUUUAUGAAUAUGGCGAACAGCAUAAUCGGCGCGGGGAUUAUUGGACAGCCUUACGCAUUCCGACAAGCGGGUUUAGUAAUAGGCUUAAUGCUUCUUUUCGGUCUUACUAUCACCGUUGACUGGACUAUCCGCCUUAUUGUCAUUAACUCGAAACUGAGCGGCGCGGAUUCAUUCCAAGCAACAGUAGAGUUUUGCUUUGGAAGACCUGGCUUAAUAGCAAUAUCCAUUGCACAAUGGGCAUUUGCAUUCGGAGGCAUGGUGGCAUUCUGUAUCAUUAUUGGAGAUACAAUUCCACAUGUUUUCGCAUCAACUUUUCCUAAACUGAAGGAUAUGCCCUUUUUGUGGCUUUUGACUGAUCGGCGAGCCAUCAUUGUCCUAUUUGUUUUGGGCGUUUCCUAUCCUUUAUCUCUUUAUCGGGAUAUCGCAAAGCUGGCAAAGGCAUCGACCUUUGCACUGAUCUCCAUGGUUGUGAUCGUGGUGACUGUGAUUGUUGAAGGGAUCCAGGUACCCGACGAUUUGAGAGGUGAUCCAUCACACCUCAUUUUUAUGCAGGGCAAUGGUUUUUUCCAAGCCGUUGGUGUCAUAUCAUUCGAUCACAACAGCCUCCUUAUAUAUGGCUCUUUGAAAAAGCCCACUUUGGACCGGUUUGCUCUUGUAACUCACUUCUCGACGGGUAUCUCAAUGAUAAUGUGCCUUAUUAUGGCGUUCGCAGGCUUUCUUACAUUUGGAGACAAAACAAAAGGCAACAUUUUGAAUAAUUUCCUAUCUGAUAAUGUUAUGGUAAACGCUGCAAGACUCUGCUUUGGCUUGAACAUGCUUGCUACAUUACCGCUGGAAGCGUUUGUCUGCCGUUCUGUAAUGACGACCUUCUUUUUUCCUGACAAGCCUUACAAUCCCGCCCGGCAUGUUAUUUUCACAUCAUCGCUAGUUGUCACAUCUGUGAUCAUAUCUCUACUUACCUGCGACUUGGGCGCGGUGUUUGAACUCAUCGGAGCUACAAGUGCAUGUGCCUUGGCGUAUAUACUACCUCCGCUCUGCUACAUUAAAUUAAGUCAUGGCCAUUGGAAGGAAAAAAUCCCAGCGUACGCAUGUAUUCUAUUCGGCGUUGUGGUGUUGUUUACCAGUCUUGUGCAAGUGAUCAUAAAGGUUAUUAAAGAAACAUGGAACCCAGUGAUCUAG